CUGCAGCUCAUCCGGGCGACGCCACGCAGAGAAACGGUCGCGGUUCGUUCGUCCACCUCCGCCAUAGCGGUGUAUACUUCGUCCCGCUCGCUCCCGUGACGCGACGCUUACCGACGCACGGCGUCGUUCCCCGUAGAUGCGCGAUCGGGUAAACUAACGCGAGCCGAAGUGUUCCGUCGUCUCGAACCGCGAGCUACGGGCCGAGAGACAAAAUGGAGAAUAGGCCGGCGCCGCUCCGCUCCAGGCGGGUAUGUCGGUUCUGCCUAACCGAGUCCGAGCCACUCAGCUUCAUCUACGAGAGGGACCACAGCAAGCCUUUCCAGGUGCCGCUUACCCUGCAGAUUAUGUCGUGCGUCGCCAUCGAGGUUUAUGCAGCAGAUGGGAUGCCGCAGAUGAUUUGUUCAACUUGCCGUUGGAAUUUGGAUCGAUCUUACAAGUUCAAGCUUCAAUGUAAGAAAGCAGAUGAAGCACUGAGAGCAUAUCCAUUAUCUGGAGUAUUACCAAGACCGUUCCCUCCAAUUCCCAACGAUCCACCUGAGACCGGCACCAAGAGAUCCUCCGAGCAGAGAAUUCAAAAUGAUCAGUUGAAGAAGGCACGGGUGGACAGUGGGGAGAGAAGAGAAAACAGGGAGCGGACAAUAGAGAAACGGGAAAAGGGAGAAUGCCACGAUUUAUACGAGGAGGAACAAGAUGGUGGUAGCGAUGGAGAGAACGAAGCAAACAAUGAUAAGGAAGAUCGCAAGCUGGAACCGGGUGAAAUCAGGGUUCACGCCUGCGACCAGUGUGAGCGUACCUUCCCUUUAAGACAAGCACUACAAUUGCAUGUACAGCGAGCCCACCGAGAUCGAGAUUACAAGUGCACGGAGUGCGAUAGAAUGUUCUUCACAAAGUAUGAUCUGGCCAAACAUGUAACCACACACACCGAAGAGAAGCCAUUUUCCUGUGCGAUUUGUCACAAGAAGUUCUCUCGAUCCAGCAUGCUACAGCGCCAUGAGAAGUUACACCGGGAUGAAUUAAGGUAUGCUUGUCAACAUUGCGAUAGAGAAUUCUUCACUACGGAGGAACUAGAAAAACAUGAGGAGACGGUACAUAAACCGAAGCCUCAUCAGUGCAACAUCUGCAACAAGAGAUUCUCCUAUAAGCAAGGCUUGGAACGUCACGAAGUGUUGCACAAUGAAGAUAAAUCAUUUGUCUGCGAGUAUUGUAAAGAAGCCUUCCGCACUAGCACAAAACUUGCUCGACACUUAACAAGCCAUGCAGGCCAUCGUCCAUAUUUGUGUAAGCUUUGCCCUCGCACUUUCUUAUUGUCUCAUCAUUUAACCAGGCACAUGCGUUCCCAUUCCGUGGAGAAGAGGCACAUCUGCGAGGACUGCGGUAAGGCUUUCAAGCGAAAAGAAAGUUUGGAAGUCCAUCAGCUGACGCAUACAAAACGCACCGGAAUGGGUCUGAACUGUGACGUUUGUCAAGAGUCAUGCCGGAACAGAGCAGACUACGUAACUCACAUAAAGCAGCACAUUGAAGCGGGAGAAAAGAUGGGACCGGAUGGCUUGCCACCAGAUGCAGGAAAGGAUAAAAUAGAUUCGGAUUCUGAAGAGGAAGAAGAAGAGGAGCAAUAUUCCGAUGGGGACGACGACUAUGAGCCACCUUCGUACGUUGCCAAGAAAUAUCCCAAGAGCAAGCAUUCGGAGAGUGACGACGAUGUGGACAGAAGCGAAAAGGAAGACCGCAAGGAGCAGAUAGUCUUUGUGCGGAACAAAGACGGCAACGUAGUAAAGAAAACGAUCAAGACCCUAAUGCCCAUCCAGCGCAGAGAUAUGCAAGAGAAUAAAGCAAAGUCAGGCCCGAGCAACCAAUCGAAUUCCAAGGUCAGUCAAUCAAAGCCAUCCGAAGCUUCACCCAAAGGUCGCAUAGAUGAAACCGAGGCAGAGGUGCAGAAAAUUGUGGCUUCUGUCUUUGAAAAACACAAAAUUCCUCUUAAACAUCAGAACAUUCCACAGGAUCAGGGUAAAGAGGCUGCGAACCCUCCGAGUCAGGGUCACUCGAGGUCCCAAACCUUGCAGAGCGGUCACUCCGCAAACAUACUGCCCAAGGAAGAGAAGCCGGAGAUAUCUGGGCAGAACACUCCAAAGGCUGUCAAUACGGUGAAGGUAAUAAAGCGAUUCGUCGUUAGGAAACCAGGUGGGACGGAGACCCCUACGAGUACACCGAACGCCAAGGAGAGCGAAACCACACCGUCGGGGACGAGUCAAAAUUUCUCAGGUUCUGGGCCCAAGGUAACUAAAAGAGUAAUCGUUCGCAGAAUUAUUAGACAGGGCGACACAACGAGAGAGGUCAUCAUGAAUCCGGAUGGGACCAUAAUCGAUCCUGCGGAGCUGGCCAAGCUGCCAACCGGCAAUGUUGUUAAAAGAGUGGUCGUGAAGAAACCGAUAGAUAAAACCCAAGCUUUGGUGCAAACUAUGCUACAAUCUCCGGUAGACCAGAGACAGACCACCACUUUGAAAACGACGGACCCUCUGUUAGGUGAGUCUCCUAAAUUUGAAUUGAAAACGUCACAGUCAUCGACGACUCCAGGUACCAUGAAAAUGGCACCUACAACGAGUGGACAGAAACCGGAACAGAAGCAAGGGACCUCUGCGAAUUUGACGAAGGGUGAUCAGGAGACGAAGGAGAAACUGGAACAGCUGGAAAAGAGAGUGGAGCAGCAGCGACUGAAGAUAGAAGAAUUGCAGGCCAGGAAACAACAGGAAUAUGAACCCGUAGACGAGAUGCUUCCAGAGAGACACGACGAAUCCGAAGACGAGCAACAGUUGCCUUUGAAGAGGGUUUUCGUGAAGAGAAAACAAAGUAUCUAUGACGAGGAACAGGAAUAUAACGACUCCUCCGAUAAGGUGAGUGAGAAGGAGAAAGAAAUGCCGGGGGAGAAAGAAAUUGUCGUGAAAGCACUGAAGGAGUCGACGGACAGCGGAGAGAUCCCAACACCCAAGAAGGACUACAAACCACCCCAGGUAACGAGUUCCAAAGUAUACGGUAAUAAAAAGAUCAUUGUCGUCAAGACCGAGGAGGCUUCGGAGGUAGACGAGAUGAGUCGUGAGCUGAGCAGCAUUCUGGAUUCCACGGAAAACGUGGUCAAGAUGCAAGAUAACGUUCUCAGCAAUCUGUGCGAGAUAUCUGGCAUCGGUCAGGCGGAACCGAAGACUUUGGGGGAGCCUGAGAAAGAAGAAACUCUUACUCCCAUGGAAGCCAUGAAACACGAUGCCAAUGAGAACGACGCCGAAAAUCAGGACGCCAAUGACUUUUUAAAGACUGACGAAAUGGAUAUACAACAGUGUGAAGAGGCUCAGGAGCACUCCGAGGAAGAUCAGACGCAGAUAGUCGUUGAAGAGAACGCGGUGUCUCACGACAGCCAGGAUGACAGUGCCCUCUCCUUGGGAGGGCAAGACCUUACGGAGGCUGCGGACAUUUUUGAACCAUCGGACACUGCGCUAGACGAUCAGAAACAGGAAGUUAACUUGGAAGAUUCCGUUAUAGAGCUCUCCGAAGGGAACGACACGAUCAAUUUGAAUGACACCAAUGACAGCCACGAUAGCUUGGAAGAUAAGCUUUCGAGAAUGGAGGGUUAGAUGUUACAUAUUGGAACUUGAGAAUUGUAUAUUCACGAAUGUUAGGCUGGUGUCAAUGAAUUAUCAUUUGAGGCCAAGUAUUGUUAUCCUUGGUGGCAGAACAGGGUUCUUCUACGCGUUCUUCUCAGGACUGUGGCGGAGUUUACUCGAGCUUCUGCAACGAAACCUUUUUUUACUAUAUUAUCAUAGUCGCGAAUAACCAUAGCAAGACAGGAUCUUCGAUCGUGUCAAUGGUAGCUCAUAGAGCCGAAUUAAGAAUAGCUCGUAUAUAUAUUGCAUACCACUAUUACAUUUAAUUAUGUAAUCUCAUUUCCUUUCGCAAGUUCCAGAAUUUUAUGCUUGUCAAGGCUUCCUACAAACGAAAAAUGCACCUCACUUACUUUUUACUAUACACGUGUAAAAUAUCAAUGCAACAUUAUACUUACUUUAGGAGAGACUAAUGAACUCGAUGGUGGGUGUCGAUUAUCCCUCCCAAAGCAUGACUUCUUCGGAUAAUCCAUGUUCACGAUGGAACCUUGGGUUUUAUAUGUUAAGAAACUAGUUAUGCAAAAUGCAUUAACAAUGACGUUAUUACUCAUCGGCGAUUAUUUACUAAGAAAAGGAAAAAAGAAAAAAGAAACACUUGACAUCGACAUUGAAUUUACACCGGGAAAUGGAUAACUUCUUUGGGGUUUACUUUGACAUAUCCCAUUAUGAAUUUUUCUAUUUGCUGAAUUGGCUAGACUAACAUGCAUCUUCGAGUGCUAAAUAUUUUUUUUGUUGGCGCUCUCCUGACCUUUUUUUUUUUAAAUAUGUAUGUAUGUGCAUCUAUAUACUGACGACACGAUUAUAUUUCGAUUUAUGACUCUUCCACAUUAUUUCCACACGUUGACUAUUCGUGUAAGGUUCAUUACUGUCGCUGGAUUUCAGUGUUAUGAAAUCUACUGUAAAGUGUGAAAAAGAUAUGAUAGGAACGCAAGUGACAGCGUACAAUUCCUUUUAAGAACUCUAACUUUAGAAGGAUCAUCGGUGCCGUAAAGAUCUUCAAUUGACUUAUGCAGAAUUAUGUUAUAAUAGAGAAUAAAGGUUCGUAGGAUACAAUGGAUAAGCAGUAAAUAUUUGCAACUCUGUAACGAAUAAAGUGUGGUGUGAAUGUACUAGAAAA